GGCACUCCAUAAGACAAGUUGCUAGUCAUCUGACGAGUGGAAUAUUCACGUCUAAAACCCCAAGCAGAAACUAGAGAUAAUAUCCAUGCAACACGAGCAAAAAACGUAAUCUUAUGACGUAAUCUACUGCGAGUUUACAUGUAGAAUGAUUACGCUAAAUGGUGAAGAAUAGCUCAUGUUCUCACAGGGGUGUAACCACAAUUCCGGUCAUUUAUUCAGGAUCUGGUGGUGUUUAAAAGGCUGUACUCGGUUUUUAACAGGUUCGACAGAGCUUUUUUGGGAUUUAAACUGAAAAGUGAAAAGAACACUGAAAACCAUGUGGGAGACACCGAGCUACACCCUGAUCGUCCUUCUCAUAUGUCUCAUGAAGGCUGGAGAAAUCCGAGCACAAUGUGUCAGACCCAUUAUUGGGGAAAAUAGGAUUCUCACUGAAACUUCAAGGCAAGACAAUUUCCCUGAUGGAUCGACACUAACAUACAAAUGUUCCACUGGUUAUGUACCGGCGCAGCCUGGAAGUUCCAAUUCAAUCACCUGCAAAGGAAACCAGUGGACUGAACUACAACUUCAGUGCAAAUUAAAGUCCUGUGGAAGUCCGGGUGAUAUUCAACAUGGAAAGUAUUUAACUCCAAAUGGAAUAGAUUUUGGUGCAACAAUCACUGCACAGUGUGACGAAGGGUAUAUGCUUGUUGGAGAGAGUACUAGAAAUUGUCAAGCUGAAGGUUGGGAUGGAAGAGACCCUGUGUGUGAAGCGGUGAAAUGUAAACCACCUCCUAGUAUACAGAAUGGAAAUUUUGAUCCCAUAGAUGAGGUUUAUAAUUAUAAUCAGGCAGUCACAUACUCUUGUGAAAAAGAUUACAAUCUUAUUGGAGAAUCAACAAUAUCCUGUUCUGACAAAGGAUCCUUUCCUCCUCCUCCUCGGUGUUUAAAAAUCAGUUGUGAUGCACCUACAAUUGAAAAUGCAGUUAGAACUGGAGGCAAGUCACCACCCUACAAAUAUAAAGAGUUUGUCGAGUAUCAGUGUAACAAAGGCUACAAAAUGGAAGGAUCGCGCUCCCUUACAUGUGAAGAAAACGGAUGGAACCCAUCUCCUCCAUUGUGCAUUGAAGAUAAAAUAGGCCCAGGUCCAAUCCCAGUCACUGAUGCUCCCCCGCAUGAUCAAGGAAAGCUUACUGUUGGUGCUAAGGUUGGGAUCGGGUUCGGGGUCGUGGGAGGGAUCGGCUUAUUGGCAUUUAUCUUGUUUUAUUUGAAGAAAAGAAAUGGUUUCGGAAAGGUGCCCACUAGUAAUGAAGAGAGCUCGUAACCACAUCAGUGUCCUGAAAUGAGUCCCUGUGAAAAUCGUCGUUCCUCUGCUUCCUGCUGGUCUGUAUGCUUUCCUCUGGAGCUCAUCUUGGAGAGAGAUCAGAGCUUCUGUUUUUUGUUUUUUUUUAAUUUUUCAUGAAUGUGCACUUCGUAGAUUAAGUUUUAGAUUAAGACUUUCUCCUUCAGGACAGGGGCUCCCGAUCAUUUGAACAACCCAGACCUGGACUAUAGGUGAGAGAGUGGGCGAGGUAGCUGAGGAUUUAUUGGCUGUAACCAUCUGAUUUAUUCUGAUCUUUGGUGGAGAUGAUAUUAAUGAGUUCUUACUCUUAUCAUCAUUUGACAAAAGCAAAACCAGAGACAUGUCGAUUGGUCUAAAAGCUUCCAGUCUUUCUAUUGUGAAUGAAAAUGAUUGGGAACCUCUUUAAAUUUAUCAUCUUGUCUUAAUUCAAAUAUUUCUUACUCUACAGCAUAGACCAAGCAAACAAAAAUAUAAACACUGAUUUGGUUUAGCAUCUCUUAGAAGUGCCUGGUGUGUAUAUAUAACAUAACACCGAAUCCUUUUUAAUGCACUUUUUAUGUUCUGUCCUUAGCACUGCCUUGUCUAUAAUAUUCACUUGUAAGAGUCAACAUGCUGUAAUAGAAACAAGGAAACUAGUAUUAGACAAAUUCCUUAACCAGAAUGUCCUGAUAUCUCGCACUUCUAAUCUUCAGCAAUGUUUUCAUCUUCCUUCACGUGUCCUACACCACUAGAAAUAUAUACACCACCGGUAGCAUGUUCUGUCUAGCUUGUGCUCGCUGCAUCUACAUCACCAAGUGCGAUUGUGCCACUUCAGCUUAAUUUAAUGCAGAAGGAUGUUUCAUCAUUAAACAUGACUGGUAGCAGUAACGUACUCUUUAGAAACUAUUCUGAUCAGCAGCUGAGCUCUGUGAAGUCAAAUUCCAAUUGAAAUACGACUUGCUAUCAGCAAGUGAUCGCCCUGACUGUAAUUUAAUAGUCGUAAAUCUUUUAUAACAUUUAUAAGACUAAAGAUUGUGUUUGAGAAUUGACUGCUAUUAGAAAGCCUGUAGAAAAAAGGUCAAUGGUUUGUGGUGUUUGAUUUUUUUUUUUUACUUUUGUCUAUUUAAAAAUAGUGUUGUUCUUUUUGUGUGUGUGUGUUCAUGUAGUGAAUACAAGCACAGUCAACACUACAGGCAUGAUGAUUUGAGAUUGAUGCUUACUGAGAUUUUUUUUUUUACAUAUAUUUACACCAAGUUAUUUUGACUGCUCAUUCAUUCCGAUGUGCGUGAAUGUAAAUAUUUGGUUAUCUGCUAGAAUUUGCUUUUUUUGUUUGUUUGUUUAUUAUCAGUAAACCUUAUUCUUCAGUAGUUCCACAUGUUAACUGAGUGUCUUGAAUGUAGAGUUUUUAGAUAAGAACAAGAACUAAAGCAAUCCAGGCAACAGCAUUUGCAUUUCAGUGAAAUAAGCUUAAAGAUUUUCAACACUGGAUUCAUAUCAGAAGUAAAUGUAAUUGUGUUGUGGUUAUAAUCAGAUAAGAGCCCUUUUCACUUUCUUAUUGGUUUUGAAUAAAAGAAAAUCCAGUUUUUUCACAUCCAGCCCCAGAGUCUCAGAGGAAUCUACAGAAUUAUUUUUAUUAAAGAUUUUCAUGGUCAUCAAAUCCUACAGGAGAACUUCAUUAUCAUUAAUGAAUGACAUCGGAUAUAUUUACUGCUUAAAAUCAGAAAUGUAAAUACGUAUUGCGGGCUUCACGGAACACGGCUGUUUAAAUUGUUCUUUUUCAUGCUAAUCUUAUCAAAUGUACAGAGAACGAGCUAAAUUUGCAUUCAAAUAUAUUGUUGCAGUGUUGCAACCUUCACCCAACAAA